AUGUCGUCGCUGGGGAUGACGCCCGAGGAGGCGCUGGUGGAGACGAUGAGGGGCGAGAUCGACCGCGUGGUGGCGCUGCAGAAGCGCGCCGAGGAGCGGGCGGACAGCAAUGCGAGGGAGCGCGACGAGGCGUUGCGCAGGUGCAGAGCCCUCGAAAGCGACCUGCAGGCCGCGCGAGACCGGGAAGCCGGGCUGCGUGCCGCAAAGGACAGAUUCGAGGAGUCCCAGGAGCGCAUCGCAGCGCUCGAACGCAUGAUCCAGCAAAUGAAGUCAGCGAACGCCCUCGCGACGGAGCGGCUGGAGCGCGAGAAGGCAGCGCGGACGCGCGCGGAGGCGGCGCAAAGCAAAGCCGAGAGCGACCGUCUGGCCAUGCAGCAGCGUCGCGAAGACAUCAUGCGCAGGCUGAAAGCAGCCGAACUGCGCGCGACGGAGGCGGAGGACGAAGCGGACAGACUCAGCGCCGAGGUGCGCCGCCUGCGCACCGGUGCCGGCGCCGCAGCCAGCGACGAGCGCCCGCCCAGCGACGACGCACAGCUGUCGUACGCGCUGCAACAGCGUGCGGUCGAGGUCGAGGCGGAGCGCCGGCGCGCGGACGAGCUGCUCGAGGCCCUCGAGCGCGAGCGCGCGGAGGCCGCCGCGCUCCAGCGGCGCGUGGACGACCUCGAGUCGGGGCGGGGCGUCUCGCCAACUCCCCCCCGGCGCUCCACUGCCCGGGCGUCGGCCGGCGACGCGGCCGCGCUCCGCGAGGAGGUCGAGGAGCUCCAGCAGCUCCUCGCGGACGCGCGACAGGCCGCGGCGGCGUCAGCGGAAGCGGCCGCGGAAGCCGUGCGUCGCGCAAAACACGAGCAGUCAGGGCGGGCGUCCGGUGGCGCGCACGGGGACACGGAGCAGCUGCAGCGGCAGGUCGAGAAGCUCAAGGGUGCGCGGGACCGUCUGCUGCGGGAGGUGGACGCGCAGGGGGCGGAGGUGGAGGCGGCGGUGGUGGCGCGGCGCGCGGCGGAGGCUGCGGCUGCGGAGAAGGCGGCGGUCGCGGAGGGGCUGGAGGCGCAGGUGCAGGACCUGCUGGCGCAGAACGAGACGCUGCUGGAGCAGCUGAAGGAGGGCGUGCCGAAGGGGAAGCCGAACGUCCUCGUGGAGCGGUUGAAGGAGGAGCAGGAGCGCAGCGCGGCGCUGCAACAACGAGUUGCGGCGCUGGCGACGGAGCUGGCGCGGGCGUCCGCGGUGUGGGGCUCCGUGCGCGGGGCGCUGCUGCCGGGCCUCGGCGCCGUCGAGGCGCGGCUGUCGAAGCUGCGGGCGGCGUGCCAGGAGGCUGACGCCCCAUGA